AUGCCAUCUGACUGUACAGGUCUAGCUGAUCUAUUGACGCGCUUCACACCAGUCCAGGACAGCGUGUUGCGCCAUCUCGACAUCGGGGAUAUCAUCGCACUCUCACGCGCCGCAAAGGCGUUUAGUGAUUAUGUGCGCCUGGUCGAGCGAACGCAGUUUAAUAUCAACGAAAAGCUGAAGGUGUUUGUGACAAGUCCGAACGCGUUUCGCUCGCUACAGGCGAAGCACAACAUCCUUAUCAGCGGAUCUUUUGCGUUCGGCUUCAUGCUGAGAAUACCGCUCAACUUCCACUUGUUUGAUAUCCCUACGACUAUGCUGGACAGGCUCUUAGUGGAGAAAGGCCCGCAUGCCGAGGCCCUGAGAUCGUUUCUCGAGAACGAGGGUUACAGGGUCAAGGACAGCUCCAUCCCAAACGUUUAG